CUUUCAUUCACUCUCAGUCAGCCACGACCUAUUUAAAUCUCCCCCUUCUUUUAAAAAACUUCAAACCCUUCCCACGUCCUCUCUCUCUCUCUCUCUCUCUCUCUGUCCCUCUCUCUCUCUCUCUCUCUCUCUCAGUUGCCGGUCUUCAGCCGGAAAAUGGCCAGCAAAUUCACCGUCGAAGAGCUUCGAACCGAGCUCGCCAAACGCGGACUGAGUACAGCCGGCAUCAAGCCCACUUUGGUUCGGAGACUCGAAUCAGCCGUUCGCGAAGAAUCCAAGCAGUCGAUUGAUUCCACCGCUGACGGUUCAAAUAGCACGUUGAAGAGGCGGAGGGAAGAAACUCAGGAUGGGGAUUCAAACGGGGCUGAUAAAAUCCAGGCGCUGGAAAAGCUUCGGGGUAUGGAUAUUCGAAAGCUGCGCAAAGAAGCCGAGCUUCAAGGAGUUUCUACCACUGGGUCCAAGAAAGAACUCCUUCAAAGGCUUUGUGCCGAUUCUCACGACUCCAACGCCGUUAUUGAAGCCAAAGAAGAAGAUGCUAUUGAAAUCAAGGAGGAGAAAAUAGUCACUGCAACGAAGAAGGGUGCGGCGGUAUUGGAUCAAUGGCUCCCGGAUGAGAUUAAGGCAAUUUACCAUGUAUUGCAGCAGGGUGAUGAAAUUUAUGAUGCUAUGUUGAACCAGACAAAUGUCGGGGAGAACAAUAACAAGUUCUAUGUCAUUCAAGUUCUAGAGUCUGACAACGGGGGUAGAUUCAUGGUUUACUGUAGAUGGGGCAGAGUUGGUGUCAAAGGUCAAGAUAAACUACACGGCCCGUACUCGUCACGAGAUUCUGCUAUCCAGGAAUUUGAGCAGAAGUUCUUGGCCAAAACCCAGAACUAUUGGUCUAACCGUAAAGAGUUUAUAUGUCACCCGAGGAGCUACGCUUGGUUGGAAAUGGACUACAAUGACAGAGAAAAAGAAUCAGAUGUUAAAGGGAAAUCCAACACUACAGUGGGAGUGCAGCUCCGGGAAACAAGACUGGAGUCGCGCAUUGCAAAGUUUAUCUCUCUUAUUUGCAAUGUCAGCAUGAUGAAACAACAAAUGAUGGAAAUAGGAUACAAUGCUGAAAAGUUGCCACUUGGGAAGCUUAGCAAGUCGACAAUUUUAAAGGGCUAUGAUGUCUUGAAGAAGAUUGCUGAUGUGAUUGGGAAGUCAAACAGGACAAAGCUUGAACAAUUAAGCGGUGAAUUCUACACUGUUAUUCCUCAUGAUUUUGGGUUUAAGAAGAUGCGUGAGUUUGUCAUUGACAGCCCUCAAAAGUUAAAAAGCAAGUUGGAAAUGGUUGAAGCCCUAGGUGAAAUAGAGUUGGCAACAAAGUUGUUGGCGGAUGAUGUUCUGAUGCAGGAAGAUCCCUUGUGCUCUCAUUAUCAACGCCUUUGUUGUGAGCUUUCGCCACUUGAAGUUGAUUCCAAGGAGUUCUCGACGAUUGCAAGGUACGUCAAGAACACUCAUGCAAAGACACAUUCAGGCUAUGGAGUCAACAUAGUUCAGAUAUUUAGGGUGUCAAGAGAAGGUGAAGAGGAACGGUUUCGAAAGUUUUCGAACACAAAAAAUAGAAUGCUUUUGUGGCAUGGUUCUCGCCUCACAAACUGGACUGGAAUACUAUCCCAAGGUUUGCGCAUUGCUCCACCAGAAGCACCUGCAACAGGUUAUAUGUUUGGAAAGGGGGUUUAUUUUGCUGAUAUGUUCUCCAAGAGUGCAAACUAUUGCUACUCAAGUUCUGCAUGUACCGCUGGUGUCCUGCUUUUGUGUGAGGUUGCAUUGGGAGACAUGGCUGAGUUGUUAACAGCAAAUUAUAAUGCCGAAAAACUGCCAGAGGGAAAGCUCAGCACAAAAGGAGUUGGUGCAACUGCUCCAGAUUUCUCAGAGGCUCAAAUGCUUGAAGAUGAUGUUGUUGUUCCCCUUGGAAAGCCAAAAGAGCAAGUCGGCCCUAAGGGUGCUUUGCUGUACAACGAGUACAUAGUCUACAAUGUGGAUCAGAUAAGGAUGCGCUACCUUGUUCAAGUAGAUUUCAAUUUCCGGAGGUGAUCAUCCAGUCUCGGGAUAUAAUUCUCACUUUCUGCUGAUUUGCUAGAAAAGCUGUUUUUAUUCAGCUUUUGCUAGAAAAGUUUUGUGUCGAUGAGUAUUACCUCCUUAACCGAAGGAAUUAUGUACCUUAUGCAUCUCUGCGUCAAGCAGAUUUUCCCCCUUAACCGAAGGAACUAUGUACCUUAUGCAUCUCUGCAUCAAGCAGAUUUUUGAAGAGGGGAGGUUACUGUGUUCAGGAGGAGAUUCACCAGCUUGGGCUUAAGACUGUCAAUCCUUCUUAUGUGAUUAGUGGUUUUGCUGCGUGAAACAGAAACGUAUUCAUGUAAUAUAAUAUAUUACAGUUAUCAAUGAUGGAAUGGUUCACAGCAUUUUCUCGA